AUGUGCGGCGACGUCGGGUUCCCUGACAAGCUCUUCCAAUGCAUAAGAUGCAUCUCUCGCUUCCAGCAUUCGUACUGCAGUAAUUACUACCAGGAGGAGCCUUCAGGGACUGCUGAUGGAAUUUGCGACUGGUGCUUGAGCGAGGAUCGAAGGCCCUCCUCCAAGAAGAAUUCAGGAUACCCCAGCGCGGACCAUAAGGGCAAGCGGGGCAGCGAUCAAAGGGAGAGCGCGGCACGGGGCAAGAGCUCAGGCGGUUCAUCCUCCUCCGCGAAGCCCUCGGGCCGAAGGUACAAGCUGCUCAAGGACGUCUUGUGUUAGAGUAUGUGGAACGCUAAUCAGUUCAUGUGAAUAUAUUCUGUAAUAAUAUGUUACCCGACUAAGAUGGAUAGAGUGUACUGUUGUAAGAUAUUAAUAUAUUGUAUAAUAUUAUAGUUUACUUCACACUGUA